AUGUUUCCUGGCAAUGUGGACCUUAACCAUGAUGGCUUUUGGUCCUCCGAAGAGGUAAAACAAAAGGUGAAGGAAAUGAUCCAUCUUGGAUCUGCCAUGGCAGAGGACAUGCCGCGGGUUUUCACCAAGAUGGCCAAGUACGACAAGAAGAAUCGGCCAGGCUCCCGCAGUUCUUCUACCGGUGCUUCAACUAUGUUGGAUAUGGAGUUCUUCAAGCACUACAAAGGACACAUUCAGGUUUGCUUGGCCAGCGACAAGAACUUGUGUGGUAAUUUGGAAGCCACCGAACAGCUUCCGGAGAUGCUGCCAGGGUUCGAAGAUCCGGAUGACCGGCUAGAUGAGUGUGAGGCGGUAAGCACAGGGUUCUGCAACAAGAUCUUUGGCAAGAACUACAGGUGGAUCCGUGAGAAGACAUCCGAACUCUGCGGUGACUCUUCCUUUGAACGAGAAGGAGAUGUGAACCUAGUCAAAUACAGCGCCGUUUCCACCUACAAGGGAGAAUCAGAUUCGAUUCUUGGCAAAACAUUCGUAUCCUUCCUCAUCUUGCUACUGUUCAUAUGGGUCAUGCUCCUUCUCAGCGAGUUCCGCUACAUUUGGAACUUCUUCCAGGUGAUUUGGAGCAUUCCCUCCACAGACAAUGUGGACCCGAACAUUGCUUCGGCCGCUGACGACGGCAAGUUCACGGUCACGAAGCUGCCACUGUGCCACAAGGUGUUUGCCCUCUUAGCCAUUGGUGUGCCGAGGCUAGUGAUCGCCUGUGUGGUGCUGUAUGUGGGUGCAAAUUUCCUGGCAAUCACCAAUACUUUGCAGGACCUGGUGCUGAACUGCACC